AUGUUUUAUGCUCAUUUAAUCUUAUCUAAGAAAGGCCCUUUGGCCAAGGUAUGGUUAGCUGCUCAUUGGGAUAAGAAGUUAACCAAAGCUCAAAUUUACGAAGCGGAUGUCAAAUCAUCUGUAGAUAGUAUUAAAUCACCUCAAGUCAAGAUGGCACUCAGAACAAGUGGUCAUCUCUUGCUAGGUGUAGUACGUAUCUAUUCACGCAAAGCCAAGUACUUAUUGACCGAUUGUAGCGAUGCAUUUGUCAAGAUUAAAAUGGCCUUUAGGCCAGGUGUUAACGUCGAUUUACCAAAGGAUAGUGAAGAAGCAGCUGCCAACGCUGUGACCUUACCUGAAGUUUUCCAUGAUUUCAACCUUUUAGAUGGCAAUCAAAGGUACAACAGUUCAUCUUUAAUCGGAUAA